AUGAAGCCUUUUCGCCUUUCAAAGUUUAUGACCAUUCAACCAUCAGAUGAGAGAAAGCUUUUAAAAGAUUUAGAGGCGAUCAACGCUACCUUGGAGGAUUCCAGGAAAUCCCGGGUGAAACAUCAAAAGGUUAAGACGGGAUGCUACACAUGCAAGAAACAAAGCCUUCUUGCAAACGGUGCAAGCGAAUCCGAGGCGUUCGUCGGGCAAGCUCUGGUUGCCCUUGGAGCCUUUAGUAAAGGGCGCACAACAAAUGGUAUAGAGGCAUCUUUACACCGUCAACAUGGCCUUGACCAGUACGGUAAAGCUCUCGUCGGAAUGAGACAAGCUCUAAAUGGAAGCCGUUACAAUGCUCGUAAAGCACUCAUUGCUUGUCUACUGGUAUAUUCGAUCGAAAGUAUACAGGGUCAUCUUUCCACAGCCGCUUCUCAUGCUGCCAGUGGAGAGAAUCUCCUUCAUGAAAUUAUGCUAGACCGAAAAACCAGGAAUCAUCAUCCUUUCAGCUGCCAGCAAGAUAGUACAAUCGACGAUGACCUCUGCAGGGCCUUCUCAGAUCUUGACCUUCAGGCCCUCUGCGUGAUUGAUCGUCGAUCAUCACAGCUGCAUAAGCGACGAACUCGUGAUUUAGAUCAUUUGCUGCUAUCGAUGCCUUCAUCAUUUUCGAACAUCAAAGAAUGCCACGAUUGGUGGCAGAUUAUUUUGCGAAGAAAUUUUCACUGGAUAGCAACGGCACGAAAAACUAUACUUGAGGAAAGGUCGAAGGAUGGCGAAAGCCCGAUAGUCGAUUUGCCGGAUGAUGAAGGGCUAGAUCUGAGAGAUGAGAACUGCUCAUGGACUUCUGUUGCAGUUAUACCCAGUACUAACCCGACCCUGAGAAAGGACUGUGCGACAUAUCUUGAUGACAUUGCGCGCUGGGAAAGUAUUGCAGCACCGUUGAUAGGCAAAGGAUUACGCGCUCCCGAGGAUUCCCGUGAAUUUUUGGCAGCAUGCCUUGCGAAAAUACAGGUGGCUAUGAUGAUGAUACAAGUAUCAAGUGUGUUCAUUGUCAAUGCCAUUGAAUGGGAUGCAUACUUUCCGGAGUUUAAUACAAUCAUGACAUAUGUGAUGAAACUCCGGCAGCGUAUAGUUCAAGGAGAGGGGAAGUACCAUUUUGACUUUGGGAUAAUACUUCCGAUGUUUAUGGUUGGAUCUCAUUGUCGGAAUAGACUACUAAGGAGUCAAGCGAUUGAUAUUCUCAAGGAAGCGAAAGGAUACCGAGAAGGCAUCUGGGAUUCAGAUGCCUGCUCACGAGUAACCGGCUUCGCGAGAGAUGUAGAAGAGGAAUGGGCUGAUGAGAAUGGAUGGGUUCCUGGAGAGAGACGAUUUACUAUAACAGGGACAAAAGUCAUAAUUGAUAAGGAAAAAUCAUUGCACAUAAGUGGAUAUCAAAAGAAUGGGACGUUGGAAGGGCAAGGAGAUUUCAAAGAGGUAUAUAUAACGUGGUAA